AUGCAGCAAGAGAUUGCUGCUCAACGAAAGAAAGCGUUAGCUCAAGUUAUGCGCCUUGAGCAACAAGAAGCUUUGUUAAGAGAGCGUGCUGGUGACUUUAUCGCUCGUGAAUUUAAGGAGAUUUCCGAGUUGGAGGAUCUCGAACGUCGUGAAGCUGAAGAGCUUGCUCGUAUCGAAAAAGAGCGUGUCGAUACGGAAAAACAAGAUUGUGGUGCAGAGAGCGUUCGUGCCGCUGGCGAGGUUUCUCAAUCUGCUUCUUCCGAUCCUGUCCCGUAA